AUGGACCGUUUAGACCCUGCUCUGAAACUUCUUCCAUGUAUUUGCACUCGACGCGAGAAUCUAGACGUGUUGCUGGUCAACAAGCGGAUUCACGACGAGGCGGCUUAUGUCUUCUGGAAUGAGAACUGGUUUUGCUUCGAGCAUCCCGGCCAGCUGACAGGCUUACUGAGAAUUGUUCGGCCGCACAUCAAGUCGUGGAUCCGGUACAUGACGAUCAUGCCGUAUACUGAAGACGAGCACGAACCUGAACGACUAGUAUGGAUGCCUCCACCAUUAUCUUGGAGAUCUAUGCUAGAAUGCACUGGGCUUGUGGAUAUCGAGAUCGAUAUUGGCCUCUUGUCAUCUUGGAGCUCUGUUCUGGGUUUGCGGAAUGUACAUGUUCAGAGGUCGGUUUCUUUUGUGCGUCCGCGUGGCUGGGACGAGUCUGUACGGGAAUGGGAGUCUAGAACGUAUCCUAGAGCGUAUAUUUGGCCUGAGAGAGCACAACGGCAGAUUGUCCAUACGCCGUUGACGGAGGCUCUGGAGGAAAGUAUGCGCCGGAGGCCGUUGAAGACGAAGGUGCUCAAAAAAGCUUUCGCUGCAAGUGGGUUGUGGAAAACAUGA